CUCUUCCCUCUGGCCUGCUGCCUGCUAUUUGUAUUGUGCUUCGUGUAUAAUUUACUUAAAUUAAACCAUAUAGAAAAGUUAUUUGAUUGUGUCGUCUCCCUCCUUGUCACCUCCUCUCGAGCCAGGUUGUGACAAAUGGGGGCUCGUCCAAAAUUUGUUUGGUGAGUUGUCUAAUAUUGAGUAGAAGACUGUUAGCAUUUAGCUAUCAGGUAAAGUCUCUGGCUUGCCUUUAGAGGAGGAGGAGAGUAUUAGAUUUGGGAGGCCUCAGUCUAUAAUUUUGGUUGUGAUUGAGAGCAGUUUGUCUGUCUAGGCAUAGGUUGGUGAAUGUUUUCCUGAGCUGCUAUUGGGGAGUUGAGGGCUGGUAAAAAAUUUGGAACCCUUAUUCCUGUUAGGCAUAAGCAAUGUGACACACUGGCUGUCUCUAUUGAUCUCUUUUUUUUAUUGUUUGUUAUUUUUGUGCAGUAAGUGGUUAGAGCAUUGCUCGGGGGCACUUCUAGGACUGUCUAGGUGAUUUUCAGCAUGCUGGAAGUUAACCGGGUUGCUGGUUUUUGUGCUUAAUCCAUCCCGCCACAAUCCUGCAUGAAGACUAGGGUUGAGUGAUUCAGUUAGUAUUGGUUAAAUAGGUAGCCAGAGGGAUUGGGUUCCAUAGUUAAAACAGCUGUUAACCCUGUUGCAUUAGUGUUUGAGGACUUGGUGUUUGUAGUUAUGGCUACUGUGGCUAACUUUGUUCAGUCUCCGUCUGAGGAACUGUUGGAUGGUUGUACAAAAGAGCAACUUUUGAAGCUUGUUGAGCAUUAUGAUGUUGGAGAAAAACAGUUAAAAAAGGAAAUUAAAGGGUCAUUGAGGGAUACUUUAACGACAAUCGGUAUUUUGCCAGCUACACUAGAGUCCAAGUGACAAUGUUGGUGAGUCUGUGGGUUCUCCUACAAUAGCUUUAAUGUUCGCGCAACAAAAAGAGCUAUUGCUGUUGCAGAUGGAGAGGGAUAAAUUGGGCCUGGAAAAGGAACGACAGUCUUUGGAAAAGGGAAGAUUGGAGUUAGAGCAGUACCGGUUAGACCUAAUUAAGUCCGGUAAUACUGAUACUAGGGAUUCAGGUGAAUACGUUUCACAAAAUUUGAAAAGGUUUGAUGUGGUGGGACACUUUUUUUCUCCCUUUUUGAACGAUUUGCCAAUGGGAGAGGGUGGCCCGAGGCUGACCAGGUAGUGAUGUUGCAAUCGGUAUUGACAGGAAAAGCCCAAGAAGCUUAUUCAGCGCUUAGUGCAGUUGAAAGCCAGAAAUAUUCUAUUGUUAAAGAUGAUGUUUUGAAAGCGUAUGAGUUGGUACCAGAGGCCUAUCUGCAACGAUUUAGGUCUGGGAGGAAGUCUGACGAGCAGUCACAUGUCGAAUUUGUAAGGGAAUUAAUUAAACAUUUCAAUAGGUGGUGUUCGGCGUUGGAAGUUACUCCUUUUGAAGAUCUGUUUGAUCUGAUGGUGCUAGAGCAGUUUAAAGAGUGUAUUGAGUGACCUUGUCAUCUCCUCAUCACUGAUUCAGCACACCUCAGCAGGCUGGGCUCAGGCUAUACAGAGACCUGCAAGAUCUUCUGUCUCUUCCCUCUGGCCUGCUGCCUGCUAUUUGUAUUGUGCUUGUGCUUUGUGUAGAAUUUACUUAAAUUAAACCAUAUAGAAAAGUUAUUUGAUUGUGUGGUCUCCCUCCUUGUCACCUCCUCUCGAGCCAGGUUGUGACUAUAUAGAUAUAUAGCAAUAUUUUACGUGUUUUGUUUGUAGCCUAAAGGACAUGAAUGAAAGUAACUUUUGGAUCAAUGUACUUGAGUAUAAAGUAGCAUACAAUGGAAAUGCUUGAGUAAAGCACAAGUACUUCAAAUCUAUAUAAGUAAUUAAGUAAAUGUAAUGGGUUACAUGUCAUCACUACUUCCUGUCAGUUGGGAGGCCAGAAGUAAAGAAAUGAAAGUUUUGACAUUUGAAAAAGGCAAAAGUAGAAGACUACGUUUAACGCUUGCGUCAACUACAACUCCCACUGAGCAUUGCGGUAAGAAACACUCCGCGAGUUUGGUUUCAAACUGUAUCAUGACGUGCUGCUAGCUAGACCAAGUAGAAGCUUUCCUCGUGUGUACUUCCAUGCGAAACGUCCAUGCCUGUUUUUGAUUUGAUUGACCAAUUUAAGUUAAUAACGUGGCUGAGUUUUUUUGUAACGUGCAGGGGUUCAGAUUUGUAGUCAGUUCAGUCAACUUCUCUCUGAGGAAGAAGAUAGUACAGCAGUUGGGAUAAAGUGUAGGCAUUAGGAGAUUAAACAAACAUGCAUUUCAAACUACGGGCUGCAACAAAAGAAGACUGCAAAGAAAUAUCGAGGAUGAUAUUGGAGUUGGCGGUUUAUGAAAAAAUGUCUGACCAGGUGAAGAUAUCUCAUGAAGAGCUCGAGCGGGACGGUUUCUGCCAGAAUCCCUUCUUUGAAUGCCUUGUUGCAGAAGUGCAUGAGGAGGAUAAAGCUAAAGAAGGAUUCACAAUGGUCGGAUACGCACUUUACUUUUACACUUAUAGUACAUGGAAGGGACGUUCAGUAUAUUUGGAGGACCUGUAUGUGAUGCCAGAAUUCAGAGGAAAAGGAAUUGGCAAGGGUUUACUGGGCAAAGUCGCUGAGAUGGGGAAGAAGGAGCAGUGUGUGCGGCUACAGUUGUCCGUGUUGGAGUGGAAUACUCCCUCUCGAGACUUCUAUGCUGCUAAAGGAGCUCUUGACCUCACCGACAACGAAGGCUGGCACUUUAUACGAUUCGACGGACAAAACCUGGACAAUUUAGCCAACGAAGCUCCUAAAGAUUAGAAAUCUGCCAAGGAAAAUGUGUAUCUUGCUUUGAAAUAAUGUGGCUGGGUGUAAGACUUCACUGUUACUGGUUCCUCAUGACCAUGUGUCGUGGUUCAACAUCAUGUUUCAUAUUUAUGCUUCACAUAGUUAUGGUUAAACUUUGUCACCUGAGUAAUUUCACUUGAGUAAAUUCAAUCCUGGUUGUAACACCACAUCAGUACAGUAGGUGGCAUAUUAAACCAACUGAAAAUGAUACAAUUAGUAUCAUUGUGUGUCUUUUCUCUGAGUGUGCAGUCAGGGAAUGCUGAGGCUAAAAGUACAUUCAGCUGUAAUUAUCUUCAAGGAGUCAAAAGAGAGGAAUAGGUGCAAACAAGCUCUGUAACCCAAAACUCCUUUAAUUUGAACAUGUGUUUGUUUUUAUUUUUGUAUUAAUAAUAUUGAGUCUCAUUGCUCAACAGCUCUGUUCAUGGAAUAUGUUGUAUAUCAUAAUCUCUUAUAAACAUUUGCAUGGUUUUGUGCAAUCAGUCA